AUGGGAGCUUCCGAAUCUAAGCUCGUCUUUAAAAAAGGCAUUUUUCGAUUGUCUGAGGAACAGGCUAUACCUGCCAACGAUCCUUACUGGACUGGAUUCUGGGAAUUGCCAGAAUCGGUUGAAGAUGUCUUCAGUCUCUUUUCGCCAAAUGAUAUCCGUCGGACACGAGAUGUCUCUCUGGACAAUUUAGAAACUUUAAUACUUGCUGUCGUAUCUCGACUCACUAUCCUGAAGAACCACCCUUCGUUCCCGAAUACUGAACUUGCUCCCGAACGCAAUGCGCUGAAUUGUAUUCGAGUCCUCACCAGAAUCCUUCCGUUCGUCUACGAGGCCGACCAUUUGUCAGAAUGGGAAGAGAAGUUCUUCUGGGAACCGCGCCAGCGCCGGACUCGACGAAGUCGAGAUACUGGCGAGAUAUUGUUUGACAAGGAUCAGACGCAAGAGGCGACAGCACCAGUACCAGACAACGAGAAGCAUGAAGAAGCGAAACCUCUAGCUGAAGAACUCCUUGACACCCUUGUCGAUCUGCUAUUCUACAUAGGAUUCACUCUUCCAAUAUUACCAGAUGCUAAGAGUAGGGUCUCAUACGCAAUAUGGCAGAGUGGAGUAGGCUGCAAGCAGUCGCUGAGCACCAACAAGGACCUAGAGAGCAAUCGAUGUGAGGUCUUGCGCCUGAUACUCACAAUGAUGAGCAAGUCCAUGUACAUGUCAUCCGGCCUUCUGCCAGUACAAGGAGUUCGUACCAUUACUUAUCUCGCAACUUGUGCCGAGAAGCAGAUAGUACUCUCAGUUUUGUGUUCUCUGCUGAAUACUGCAAUCAAGCACAAUGCCACUUCUUGGCGCAUCCCUUACGAUCACAUGGUUUGGAAAGACUCGAGACAAUCGUUGGUUGUGUACAGCUUGCAAAUGCUGCUAGUGCUACUACUAUAUCCUGUACCUGAAGAUGGAACUGGCCCAGCUCCGAAGAACUACUACAGACAUUUUCUCGGCCGCCUACACAGACCUGAAGACUUCCAGUUCCUGGCGGAUGGUAUGAUGAGGGUACUCAGCCAACCAAUGCAGACCACAAGCUAUCUCCCAGGCACUCAAAGACAGUCUAAAUGGACACCCGAAGUGAUCAUGCUGUUCUGGGAAACUCUGCAGUGCAACAAGAGAUUUCGAGCUUUCAUCAUCGAGUCGACCCGCAUGCACGACUUUGUUGUUACGAUGCUAUUCUACGCUACCGAGCACAAAACAGAUCUUGCUUGGCAAGGCGUCGUAAGGAUGUGCGUUUUCGUUCUGCAAACCAUGAGCGUGGAACCUUCAUUUGGCAAGAAUAUGAACAAGAAGUUUGAGGCUCAGGAGACACUUCCGCCAUCGAUUCGCCUGUCCAGCUUUAGGGGCUCCUACGCUGACUUCCUCAUCAUCUCAAUCCAUACACUAAUCACCACAAGCAAAGGACGACUUGAUGCAGUUUACCCAGCUUUACUUGCCAUCAUCGGCAACAUAGCAGCUUAUGUACGGAACCUAUCGCUAACGACGAGCACCAAAUUAUUACAGCUCUUCGCAGCCAUGUCGUCACCCAGCUUCCUGCUAGCCAAUGAGACGAACCAUACAUUACUCCAGUCUCUUCUCGAGGCAAUCAACUCAAUUAUAGAGCACCAGUACAGGAGCAACCCCGACCUGGUCUACGUUGUCCUAAGAUCACGGAGGCGAACAGAGGCAUUAAGAGCAUUGACCCUAGACGGUGGUCAGCAAGAAGUUGAACGUGCUCUCCGACGACGGAAGGAAAGUGUAGAUACCGGCCCAUCCGAAAGGCUGUCUCGAACGAGCACUGCAGACAACCUGAGCUCUCCGAAGAGAAGAAAUACAGGCCACAGCGUUAAUUCGUCGGUCGACGACAACACUUUCACUAUAGGUGGAGAUGAUGAUGACGAUUCGGAAGCUGAUGCGGACCAGACUGCACCUGCUCAGUCAUCUCCUUCACGCCACUCUCGAGCUACUUCGGUAGCCUCAUCGUCAGCCGAAGAUGCAGUGCCCGUUCAAUUGCGAGGUGUUUCUGAGAAAGCACGAGGCAAGAUGCCAGCUGGUUUGCAGUCAUUUUCGAGGCAGAGCAGCACUACCAGUCUCGGGCGUGGCCUGGUCGCCCAACCUGGAGGAUUCAUGCCAACACCGGGCUGGAUUGAUUCAUGGUUGCCGGAACUGCCUUUACAUACACUGCUGACUCUGAUCAAGGUAUUAGCACCACGACUCCCAUCUCCUAGCGGCCACAAUACCGAAGUUUCGGACAAUGGAUCACCACCACAGGCCAAUUCAGGAAUGAAAGAUUUUGUGGCCUCAUUACCGGAAUCUGCAGAUCUUCCACCUAUAUCAGCAAUUCUGUCGGCACCAUCGCCGAUUCGAGUACAUUUGUUCGAGUGGUCAGCCUUAUCACUCGGCUGGUACACGUCAGUCUUGUGGUCACUCAUUUAUACAGCAGAAAUGCAUAUUGCGCCUGCACCGUCCUCUACAGCAUCAACAAUAUCCAACACAGUAACAGGAAGUGCUAGCAUGGGUAUAGGCCCCAUCGGGGUAUGGAACGGGACCCAAGUGAAGCUCUUCCAGGUCAGCACUGAAGGAAAGCGAGAAGGUCCCAGUCUAUCCGCACCAAGAGGAGCUGUUGAUGCUGUAGGGACAAGAUUGGUUGAUGGUGUAAAGGGUCUAAAUUUGGGCGGGCUAGUAGGCAGAGUAACGGGAGGUACAGUGUCACCACCAACACCGGGCAACAGUGAGGGUCAAGGUCGAGCUAGUGUACGAGAAGUAUAA